UUAUUAAAUCUCAGCUCAUAACCAUUUCGUGUCAGAUUUACCGUGGCAAAUUUUGCCACCCUGCUUACUCUGAUCUGAGUGAAAUAAGGAAGUUUUAUGGCAUUGCCAAAUCCCAAAACCAAAACAAGAGUUUGAGCGACAUCGUCAAGCCAUCAAAUAUCUAACUGUUCACUCUUCGUCUUCUAACUUCUAACACUAACACGCUUUUAACAUGGGCAUAUUGCUUUCCCUCCUCUUCUUCGUUUCUCUCUUUCUCUUUCUCUUCCUUCUAUUCAAAUUCGUCACUGCUGAUGGGGAUUUCACUUUGGUAUCUAAAAAACAUGUAAAGCGUGAAGAGAUUGAAGAUAAGGUUGUUUGGAUUACUGGAGCUAGCCGUGGAAUUGGAGAGAUUCUUGCUAAGCAGCUUGCUAGAUUAGGCGCCAAGCUCAUUCUUUCGGCACGAAAUGAAGCUGAAUUGGAGCGAGUCAAGAGGCAGCUCACUGGUAAACAUGCACCUGAUGAAGUGAAGAUUUUACCAUUGGACCUGACGUCUGCAGAAGAUUCCCUCAAAGCAGUUGUGGAGAAAGCAGAAUCCAUUUUUCCUGGUUCUGGUGUUGAUUAUAUGAUCCAUAAUGCAGCUUUUGAGCGUCCUAAAACGUCAGCUUUGGAUGUCACUGAGGAUAGUGUUAAGGCAACAUUCACUGUAAAUGUUCUGGGGACAAUCUCUCUCACGCGGUUCCUGGUGCCUUUCAUGCUGAAGCGGGGGAAGGGUCAUUUUGUUGUGAUGAGCAGUGCUGCAGGAAAGACACCUGCACCAGGUCAGGCCGUAUACUCCGCUUCUAAAUAUGCUCUAAAUGGAUACUUUCACACCUUGCGCUCCGAGCUCUUCCAGAAAGGAAUUAAGGUGACUGUUGUCUGUCCUGGGCCGAUAGAAACGUCAAAUAAUUCUGGAGUAAAAACUUCAGAAAACAAGGGUUCUCUUGAGAAGCGUGUGUCCUCAGAACGUUGCGCUAAGCUGACUAUUGUUGCUGCCUCCCAUGGUCUAAAGGAAGUUUGGAUAUCAAAUCAGCCUGUGCUUGCUGUUAUGUAUUUGGUGCAGUAUAUGCCUACCAUUGGCUAUUGGCUCAUGGACAAGAUCGGUGGAAAUCGAGUAGAAGCUGCUGCACAGAAGGGGAACACUUAUUCAUUGAGCUUACUGUUUGGGAAAAAGAAGGCAGCAUAGAAAGCUUGUCUACCAUCUAUUAGAUAGUCAACUAACGCAAGCGCUACCGUAAUUUGUGUAAUUCAUGUAUAAACACAAACUAUAUAUGGCCAGGUCCUUUUAUGUAAGAACACAGAAAAAAUUCCAAAAGAGACAGAUGGUUUUGAAGGUGGUAGUUGAUUUGUUGGUGGAGACCAUAAUGUCAUAAUACUGCUCAAUUCAGUCUAGGCCAACUCAUAAGUGUGGUGGCGUUUGGAAGGAUCUACGUCAUUUUUUUUUAAUAUCCCCAUUUGUAUGGUAACUUAUCAACAUGUCGGUUCCUUCUCACGAAGGUGGGUGUGCAAUUCUUAAUCUCCCUUGAAGCGGUUUAGGCUCAAAUCAAGCGUGAGCCUGGGAGUACGCAGUGCCUCUUAGAAAGAAGCAAAUGAGUCACCAUCGGUUAUAGGUCCAAGAACCAAAACAUGACUCCAUGAAGGUCUUUCUACUAGACAAGGUCUGGAGUUAGGGUACAGGAUGGGAAGAGGUUAAGCACCCCAAGCUCGCCCAAUCGUAGUUGGCCUUCAUAUAUUGUUGCUUGAUUCAGACAAGAGGUAGAUUUAUCUUAGAAGUUUAGAAGUGUGCGUUUGCAUCUAGACCUAGAUGUAGUCUACAAGUCAUUUGAGACAAGGUAUAGAAAGCGAUGUAGACAUGUGAGUAUGAAAGCAAAGAGAUAGUCAUGGAAAAGAAACUAAUUCCUGACAAUGAACUCAAAGAAACAAGGCAUGGCAUGGAAAACAACAUGAUAGAACAAGCGUGUGCAUAUGCAUACCCAAUCAUGCAUAUAUGCGGGUAUGCGCAUGUGGGUACCAAAUAGAGUUACGAAUCUUACUCCUAAGUGUAUUUAAGUCUUAUUAGGAAAUAUUAUUAAUUGAAGUGGAAUCUUCAUUAAUUGAUAUGUAUUUUCCCUUUAUUA